AACUUGUUAUGUGGAAGGAAGUUUUUAUCAAAGAACAUAGAAGUCAGAAUAAAAACGACGGAAAUGAGAAUAGGAUACCAGAUGGGCGUUGGUUUCUUUUGAUCGUAGGUAAGGGUCAUUUUAUAUUAGCCACCCUUAUGGAAGCAGGUGGAUGUACGGAAGAUGCGAUAGGUGUAACAUCCCCAUCUCCAUUUUACGUGGAGGAAUGUGAAAGCUGUUUGGAACUGCUUUACGAAGUGGGACUGCAUAAAUAUUUGGCUACCUGGUUCUCAUCAAACACAUUACCUCAGGUUGAAACAACUCCUGAAUACUUGACAAAGUAUGGCAGGAAAAUGAGGGAUUCUCUAAAAUCGGACAACUUUAGGAGCACUACGCUGAAAUUAUCUAAAUCUCAGCCGGAUUUAAAGCGACGACAUAACUCGUCUGAUCAAAUUAACUCAGGAAUUAGUUCAAGUGAUAAUCCUAUCAACAACUAUCAUAGUAUGAGUCAUUAUAGCCUUUACAAUCAAUGGUAUAACGGCUCACAGAAGAAUUACAGACAUUCAAGUAAUUUA